CAAUUCAGAGAACUUUGGAGCAUGUCAAUUCAUUCCGAAUAGCACCGUCAUUUCUUGAUAAUCAAUCAUGGCCUCUGUCAAAGAAAAUGUGACUUUUCAACAAAAAAUAGUGUAACUCCAAAUCCUCUCCUGCUUAAACCCAAUAGAAACUAUUUAAAUUCAAAUAACAUUGGCAAUGGACGUACAAGGCUAACAUCUCUUUUUUAAUUAUAUCAACCUAACAGGAAAUCAACUAAAAAGUUGUUAAAAGUAUUGUAACCUCUUUGGGGCGUUAUUAGAUCUAAUUUUUAAAAAUAUAUUCUGGGAGACGUUGCUUUCAAUAUGAGCUGUUGCAACGGUAACUCAAGAAGUAAUGGGGCCGUUUCGAAGAGGUACAACAAUGGCUGCAAUUGCAGUUCAGGAAGUGGGAGUUGCAGUGGAAGUGGAGGAUGCUGCAAUGUGGAAGAAACUUAUCACUCCUAUGUACCUUUACCUAAUGUACCUCAAAAAUUUGUUAAACAAUUGGGCAAAGGUGGCUGUGGCAGACCUAACUGUGCACGAAUGAUUCCUCCACCAUCUCCUGCAUCGGAUGAAGAGGAAUGGGAGUUUCCGAAUGGUAUGACUACUCUACCCCAUGCACAUUGCACGUGGCAUGGUAAUAACUGCGAUUACCUGAAACAUGUUGAUAAUUCUAACCGAAGUUACACGCGAACUCAACCUACUUAUGACGAAAUGGGUUAUUCCGACAACGACAAUGAUAUGAACCAACAGAACGAUUAUGAGUAUCAACAGGAGCAAGAAACCUACCAAAUUAGAGAAGGAGGGGGAUGUGAUCAACCACAAAUGUAUAAUCGAGAUUAUGCAGAUUAUUAUUACGAAGACAUUUCUGUCGAUGAACAAAAACCAUUACGGACAAGGCCAGACCAAAAUUGGAAGGGGGAUUUAAAAGGAAAAUACGCCAGUGAAAUUCAUAAUAAAAAAGUGCAUUUCUAAAAUAGAAACAG